UCGACGUCUCGACGAAACGUCGAAACCCCAGAAAAGCCCACGGCGGCCGCCAAGUUCACCCGGGAGCUCAGGUAUGGCGGCUGCGGCUGCGGCUGCACGGCUGCUGCUCCCCAGGGCGACCAGGGCCGCGGCCUCCUCCUCCUCUCUUCUCCAGCGCCCUCUCCAUUCCUUCUCCAGGUGCUUCAGAAGCCUCCUCCCGCGGCCGCCGCCCGCCGUCUUCCCGCGGCACCUCUCCGACGCUGCCUUCGACGCGCAGGCGCUGGACAACCGCGUCCCCGCUACCGUCAUCACCGGCUUCCUCGGCUCCGGCAAGACAACCCUCCUGAAUCACAUUCUAACAUCACAGCAUGGGAAGAGGAUUGCUGUCAUUGAGAAUGAGUUUGGUGAGGUGGAUAUCGAUAGCUCACUUGUAGCUAACCAUUCAUCCGUCGCUGAAGACAUUGUGAUGGUGAAUAAUGGCUGCUUGUGCUGCACUGUCCGAGGGGAUCUUGUAAAGAUGCUUCUCAAGUUGGUGAAGCAAAAGGGCGACAAGUUUGAUCAUAUCGUCAUUGAGACAACGGGUCUUGCAAAGCCUGGUCCUGUUAUUGAGACAUUUUGUUCUGAUGAAUUGGUCUCGAAAUAUGUGAAACUUGAUGGUGUGGUUACUUUGGUUGAUUGUAAGCAUGCGAUGAAACACUUGAAUGAAGUGAAAGCAAGGUGGGUUGUGAAUGAGGCAGUAGAACAAGUUGCUUACGCAGACCGGAUUAUACUGAACAAGACUGAUUUGGUUGAUGAUGCAGAACUGGAGGUUUUAACCAACAAGAUCAAGCUCAUAAAUGGGAUGGCACAAAUGAGAAAUGCAAAGUUUGGUGAUGUCGACAUGGAUUUUGUGCUAGGAAUUGGGGGUUAUGACCUUGAUAGGAUUGAGGCUGCAGUCCAAUUGAAUGAAAACAAAGAGACAGCUCAUUGCCACUUGGGACAUGAGCAUGGACACCAUCAUGACCAUGUCCAUGAUGCAGCUGUUACUAGUGUAAGUAUUGUUUCGGAGGGACUACUUGAUCUGGAUGAGGUUAACGAUUGGCUGGAGAGACUGGUUGAUGAGAAAGGCGAAGACCUGUACAGAUUAAAGGGUGUUAUAUCCGUCAACGAGUCAACUGGACGCUUCGUGUUUCAGGGCGUGCACUCUAUGUUGGAAGGUUGCCCAGCGAAGCCGUGGGAGGAUGAUGAGAAGAGGAUCAGCAAGCUCGUGUUUAUCGGCAGGAAUCUGGACGAAGCGGCGCUAAGGAAGGCCUUCAAAGGUUGCCUGUUGUGAUGAACCCUCUGAUCAUGUGUUUAUCUCAUUGGGAUC